UUUCUGAAACCUAGGUUCCUCCGUUAUGUUGAUGAUAAAUCAUCAAAUUAUUAACGAACCUGUGUUUCAUAAUUAGUUAGUUUGUUUUACUUGACGAAUAAUAUUUUAUGCAUACAACGCUGUAUAUGUUAUAGUUCAUAUAUAUACUUAUUUGCCGCUAUUUCGUUCUAUAAACUUAUGUAUAUAGAGCGAUAACCCGACCAAGUUGAAUAGGUCAUGCUCACGAGAAUAUGCUACGUUCCUUUUUACGUUGAACUCACAACAUCCCAUUGAUUUUCUUAGUUUUACUGGAAAAUUAAAUGUGUAGAACGUGAACGAACUAUGUACGUUUGUUAAAUUAUAUGUCAUUAUUAAGCUAACUCAUUAUUUGAAUUUUAAAUAAAUAAAAGCUAUUCUUUUAACAAGUGAGUUUAUAUUAUGAAAGAAAGUUUCUUGAAAUUGGAACGUUUUAGUCUAUGGUUUUUUAUAUUUAUUUGCAAUUUGAUUAUCGUUGCGGUGUUAAGUUUUUUUGUUGUUAAUUACGAAAUAUAUAAUAAAGUUCAAUUUUGUUAUGUGAUUAAGUUUUUAUCUUAGACCCUGGGAUUACAUUAUUUGUGUGUUAAAUGUACGAUCGACCUUAUUAAAAUUACGAGUAUACUGUGAAAUGGCGGCUGAAGCGCCCAUCUGCGAUGUGUUAAGCGAGGCAAUGGAAUAUUUAUCUAAACUGGGAGCAAAUCUUAGAACCCGCACGGAAAACUUAAAAGAACGGAAGAUAAACAAAGAUAAGUUGAAAAAUGCUCACGCUGUUCAAAAAGCGGUAAGCAAAGUACUUCUAAUCUGUGAAUUGUCAAAAAAAUCUCUCGAGAAUGUCGAAAAAGAAGUAAAAAAGAUACAAAAACGUGUAGACUAUUCGCAAGCACCGGUUAAUGGCGGGAAAAGUGUUAGCAGUGAUGAAAAGAAAUAUAGUUUUCAAUACCGUUCGCAAACAUUAAAAAUAGCUACUAAAAUACCAAUAAAGCAUUAUUUCUCACCAAAAGUACAUGCCAGAAAAAUGUCUAUAGCUAUGCAAGAUAAAUAUCCCGUUUAUUAUGAUUGCAAAUUAUAUAGACAGCGGCGAAAGAUGGAAAAGAAAAAGUCUGAAAAUGAAAGAAAACCACAUGAAAUUACAUCUAAAAAACGUAUCGAACAUAACAAUGAAUAUGAUAAGGACAAGACAGAAGAUGAAGAAACUAUACAUAAGUCAAAUGUCAGUGAUAAUGUUAAUUGUGAUAAUUAUGAUGAGCAAAAUGGUAAUAAAAAUGAAACAAAUCAGUUACAUAUAUCUGAUGCUGUGGAAGUUGAAGGGGUUCCCAAUAAAUUGCUGGAAGAUGAUAGUAUUUUAACAGAAAAAGAUAGUUUAAAUGAUCAAGCUAAUUCAGCGGAUAUUGAAAAGGACAGUGCCAUCAAAAGUGACCAGCAAAAAUGUCAUAUAAAAGAUAUACAUGAUGAAAUUAUAAACCAAUCCAUACUGCGACACAAGAAGAAAAAAAGACCUGAAUCCAAUCAAAAACGUACAGACAUUGUAGAGAAUGGUGACAGUCACACUGAAAAUGUACAGGAUGAUAAAUCUCAAGAAGCAACUGAAAAUAAUAUAGCAGAUUUGAUUCCAAGUGACAAAAGUAUAGAUAUAGUGGAUAAAUCACCACCACAUAAGAAAAGAAAAUUACCAUUUGUGUUUGAGUCUGAAUCAGAUUGUGAUACCUCUCCUACAAAGACACUAGAUUCAGAUAAUGAAAAGCGUAACAAAGACACUUCCGAAUCAAAAUGUGACGGACAAGAUAUAACACCUGAAUUAAAUUCAGAGGAUGCAAAAAAGCCAAAUAUGAUAGACUUGGAUGACACAACCACAAAAGAUAUUUGUGAAUCUAAAUCAAAUGAAGGACCCACAAAACCCUACAUUAAAUGUGUCAAUAUAUCAAAAUUACUCAAACCCAGUGUGAAUUUACUGUCUGAUAUACCUGUUAGUGAAAAACUAUCAAACAAACAUGAUUCAAACUUUCUGUUAAAAGAAAAAAAUAACAAAUCAAAAUUAAUAGUUCAAAAACCAUCUAUUGAUAAUAAAGAUAAUGUCUUAAAUAGAAAAAGUAUGGAGGACGAUUACUGGGAUAGAAAACGAAAUGAAGUUAGAAAUUUUAAACCAAAAGAAUUAAAAAUUAGUUUAUGCCAGCUACCAAAAUUAACCGAUGACUUAUUAAAUUUACAUAAAAUAAAAGUAAUUACUCAGCAUGGCUCUGUUGUUGCAUUACGUAAUGAUAGUGACAGUACAAAAGAAGAUAACAUCAAGAAUGUAAAAAAGGCUCUAUUGAAUGAUUCUGAUUCAGAGGAUUCAGUAAAUAAUCCAAGUAAACCUGAUAAGACACAAAACAGAAAGGAUAAGGCGUCGUCUCUAGCACUCGACAACAAUACAACCAAUGAAGACAAGAUAUCUAAAGAAAAUGAAAAUAUAAAAAGUGCCCUUUUAAAUGAUUCUGAUUCAGACCAAAAUAAAAAAACCAAUAUAGUAAGUGAAUUACCAAAAAAUCCGGAAAAUGGAAUCAAUCAAUCUGAUGGAAGUCAAAAAGAACAAGACAAGGAACACAGUCCUACUAAAAUAAAACAAGCAUUAUUGAUCUCGUCUGAGGACAGUGAUAAGUCAGAAAUUGAUAAAUUCAAACAAAAAAUCAAAAAUAGGCUGCAACUACACAAAAAGCGUGUAAUGCAGAGUAUGAAAGCCAAGAAAAUGCUUCUCACAUAUUCUUCUAGCUCUGAUGAUGAAGAAAAUAAAAAAAAAUCUGAUUUAGAUGCAAAAACACAUAAACGGAAGCGAAAAAAGUCUCUGAUAUCAUCAUCGGAGAGCACUAAACAUGAUAGUGACCAGAAUUCUAACUCCAAAAAGGUUUCUACAAGAGAAAUUGCGGAUAACAAUGAUGCGGAGAAUUGUGCAAAAAGAGCUGAAGACAAAGGACAAUCAGCCAUCAGUAGUGACAAGAUGGUCCGUUCUAAGGCGAAACCCGGAAGCAGCAUCAGUCAUAACUCGGACACACAGGAUAUAAAUGACAAAGAUAUUGAUCGGUUGGCGAAUUUAGACAGUUUGGACAAGCCGCGUCGACGGCACAGCACGGCGUCGGACAAUGGUGACGGAUUGAGUAGGAGUAAUACGACCAGGAAGAAUUCCACCACAACCACGAUGGGUGAACACAUUCUGAAAGCGGAGAAUAGCUCCGAGGUGCCCUCCGCUGACGAGAACGACAGUAUAGGCGCUGAGGAAGAGUACCCGCCGCAGAUACCCAUGGACCUGAACAACGGCAUCGGCCACAUGUCCAAAGACGACCUGCUUGGCGAGAGCGACUCGUCCGUCUCCAAUGAAAACAAACACUCUGAGAAUUCUCUCGAAUCAGAAGAAGAAAAUGUAAAACUGAAGCGCCGUAAAGCGAACGCAAUAUCGUCCGACUCGGAGGCGGGUUCGUCGCGUAAAAAGAACCAGGCCGGCGAGAGACUGAGCGACUUCGAGGACUCUGAAGAUGAGAACUCGGAGCCGGGCAAGAAGAGUAAGAGAAAGAAGAGAGGCAGUGAGAGUGACGCUUCCGCCUCCAGCGACGACGGAUCUAAGAAAAAACGACGUCGCAUAAAGCAAAUGAAUGACAGCGACCUCUCAGACUCUGAUGGCGAAACCGAAGGCAGGAAUAAACAUGGACGAAAGAAUAUACGUAAGGUCAUGGGCAAAAAUCAAUUGGAAGAAGCGACGAAGAAAGCAGCCAGAGAAGAGAAGGAAAGGAUUGCACGUAUUGCGGAAAGACAGAAAUUGUAUAACAACUUGGAAUUCGACGAGUCCGGCAAGCCCGACGAGGUUGUCUUGGAGAAGGUGGUGCUGGACUUCGAUCCUGACACCAAGGAGCCGCUGAUCGAGGUCGACAGGGGGCUCGUCAAGAAGCUGAAGCCUCAUCAGGCGAACGGUAUAAAAUUCAUGUGGGACGCGUGUUUCGAAAGCGUUAAACGCAUCAAGAAGGACAAAGGCUCGGGAUGCAUUCUGGCGCACUGCAUGGGUCUUGGCAAAACUCUGCAGGUGAUCUCGCUGGCGCACACGCUGCUGACGCACGGCGCGCUGACGGGCGUGCGGCGCGUGCUGGUGGUGUGCCCGCUGUCCACCGUGCUCAACUGGGUCAACGAGUUCCGCUUGUGGCUCAAGCACGCCGAGAACGACUUCCACGUCGACGUGUACGAGCUGUCCAGACACAAACAGAACACGGACCGAGCGUCCCAGUUGGGGCAAUGGUUCGAGUGCGGCGGCGUGUGCGUGCUCGGGUACGAGAUGUUCCGCAACCUCUCCGCCGAUAACGUCAAGAAGUUCAGGAAGAAGAUGCUGAAGAUAUUCCAGGAGAGUCUAGUGGAUCCAGGUCCGGAUUUAGUGGUGUGCGACGAGGGUCACUUGCUGAAGAACGAGAAGACGAGCCUCUCGCAGUCGAUGAACAGGGUGAAGACGCGGCGCAGGAUUGUCCUCACCGGCACGCCGCUGCAGAAUAAUCUUAAAGAAUAUUACUGCAUGGUGCAGUUUGUGAAGCCGAACCUGUUGGGCAAGUACAACGAGUACCUCAACCGCUUCGUGAACCCGAUCACCAACGGGCAGUACACGGACUCCACGGAGCACGACAUUCGCGUCAUGAAGCGACGCUCGCAUGUGUUGCACAAGAUGUUAGACGGGGCUGUACAGAGAAGAGAUUACGGGGUGCUGGCGCCCUUCCUCCCUCCGAAGCACGAAUAUGUCUUGUUCAUCACACUGAGCGAAGUGCAAGUUAAACUCUACCAGUAUUAUUUGGAUAACUAUUCAAGAAGACCGCUUGCCGGCAAGUCUUCAGGCUUCCUGUUCCCUGAUUUCCAGUCGUUGCAGAGGAUAUGGACGCAUCCACUCGUACUCAAAUAUAAUUCCGAAAGAUACGAAAUCAUGCAACAGAAAAAGAGAGAAAGAGAAGAGGACGAGUCGGAGGGUUCGUUAGUCGAUUUUAUUGAUGAUGAUUCUACGCCAGAGGCAACAUCAACAGAGGAAUCAACAGACGAGUUGUCAGAUAUGAGCGACGACAGCCGCAAAAGAAACAAGAAAAAGAAGACUACCAAGAAAAGCAAGGCGAAGGACACCAGGGUGGCGCCACGGCGGGGGACCAGGGCUAAUCCAGUGGAACAAGAAGAGGAGAUCCCCGAGCUGGAGGUGGUGGAAGCUAAGAACGAGAACCCGACGGAGUGGUGGAUCAAGCUCGUGACCGACGACGAACUGGAGGACAUGCGAAACUCGCACAAACUAGUGUUAUUGUUCGACAUACUUCGACAGUGCGAGACCAUCGGGGAUAAGCUAUUGGUGUUUUCCCAAUCUCUAUAUUCAUUGGAUCUGAUAGAACAUUUUCUAGGGAAAGUAGACGAGGCCACGCAAGAAGGAAGAAUUGAUGAAAAAUUAGGUGGUCAUGUUGGUUCAUGGUCUCCGGGCUUAGAUUAUUUUAGAUUGGACGGAUCGACGUCGUGUGAAAAUAGGUCAACAUGGUGUAAGAAUUUUAACAAAGAAGAUAAUCCCAGAGCAAGAUUGUUCCUGAUUUCGACGCGGGCGGGCGGACUCGGCAUCAAUCUCGUAGCCGCGAACCGCGUAGUGAUAUUCGACGUGUCGUGGAACCCUUCGCAUGACGUGCAGAGUAUAUUCAGGGUCUAUCGAUUCGGGCAGAAGAAACCCUGCUACAUCUACAGAUUUCUAGCUAUGGGCACAAUGGAAGAGAAGAUCUACGAGCGGCAAGUAACGAAGCAGGCGAUAUCGAAGCGCGUGAUCGAUGAGCAACAGAUCGACCGGCACUACGCGGAGAACGACCUCGCCGAGUUAUACAAGUUCGAGCCCAGCGCGCCGCAGCCGCGCCAGCUGCCCGCGCUGCCCAAGGACCGCCUGUUCGCCGAGAUGCUGCGCGAACAUGAGGCACAGAUCUACAAGUACCACGAACACGACUCGCUGUUGGAGAACAAAGAAGAGGAGACGCUCACAGAGGAAGAGCGCAAGGCUGCGUGGGAGGACUUCGAGAACGAGAAGAACAAACCGCCUCCCGCGCCAUUCCCAACCGCGUGGCCGAUGCACAACGGCAUGGUGCCGAGUCUACUCGCGCAGCAGCAACAUCAGCUAGCGUACGCGACAGUGGCGGCCAUGUUGCGCAAGGACAUACCUAACAUCAACGAGAACCAAAUACGAGACAUGUUGCCGCUCAUAUACAACUCUAACCCAGGGUUGAUGCAGAAGAUGAGUGAGAUAUACAAGUAUGCGCAGCCGAGCAUGAUGAAUCCCGGGAUGAUGAACCCAGUCAUGAAUGCGGCGGGCAGCGGCAUGGGCGGCACGAGCGGCCUCCAGUACGAGCCGCCGUGGCAGCGGCAACACCAUCAGCAACAGCAGAUGCGACUGCAGCAACUCAUGCAGCAACAGAACCACAUGGGCGCGAAGUACUACGCGGGCGGGCUGGGCAGCCGCGACCCCGUCGCCAUGGCGCUGCAGCAGCAGCGCGCGCGGGAGAUCAUGCUGGGCGGCGCGGGCGCGGGCGCGGCGGCGGGCGCGGGCGCGGGGGCGGGGCGGCCGCGCGGCCGGCCGCCGCUGCAGCCGCGCGCGCCGCCCGCCGCGCACCAGGACAUCGUCAACCUCGACUCCGACUAGGCACGCCAGGUACGCGCAACGCGAAGUGAACAGAUGUGUACAGUGAAUGUUUAUAGGUGCUACCCUCGGGUUGGAAGCGAGGCGGGCCGGGUGGUGGGGGACGCGGGAGUGACGUCACGGCCCGGCUCGCCUUACUCAAAAAUUGGCCAAAACAGUGAUAUGAAAGUGUUACUACAUAGCUUGUCGCCUCGAGGCUUGCGCUCCGACGCUACAUAUCAUGAAUCUCAUUUCCUCCACGUCCUGUGUUCUUGAGAUCAAUCUCCAAAUAAUGUUCGGGGGCGAAUGCGCGGCCGCAUAUCAAACUCCGAUUUUAUUUGUCGGGUUAAUAACGUGAGGACCUUAGGCGUACGCCAAACGACACGGCGCGCGAUAUGUCACAUUUGAAACUACACGCGUGCGUUUAGUUUGGUGGCGGCUGACUUAUGACACUGGCGCGCGGGCGGGCGACAGGUGGCGCCCCAACACUCGAAUAUGCCUGCCGAACUAGAGUUGAAGCAUUCCACAGAUGCCAAGGUUCGUCGUUUGUUCACAAUUAUGUCCGAUAGAGCCUUAAUCAUCCAUCAAAAAACCCUAUGAGCGACGCUCGAAAUACGUAAUCUCAAGAAAAUCAUCAGAUUCUCAAGAAAUUAAUCAUAAUUUCCCUAUAAUUAAGUAGUUCGCUUGAGAAGAGGCGAUGCUGGACUAUCGCUGUCAUUGUAGACAGAUGAGGGGCCUCAAAUCUGCAUUCCAAUAUACAUUUCAUUUCCGAUAUAGAUCUGAAUCGGUGUAACACAACUUAUGAGUCCACAUAAUGGCCUGUGGAAUGCUUGGAUGUCAAAAUUUUUACUAUAUCUCUCAGUACAGGAAAUUAGUAUGUAAGUUACAUGUCAGUAGUUAGGUAACAUUUGUGUGUCUAAACAUCGUACUGUCGGCAAGGAGAGUAUGGAUUUAUGAAUGACUUGUAUAUCUCUGCACGAUACGCACCCAUAAUAUAGUUAUAUUAUGCUAUUUAUAGAAAAAAAAAUGCCAACUGUCAUGGUGGCUUCACACAAUCGUCCAACUUUCCGACUGUAAUAGAAUAGGGCGAAUCGUGCGAUUUAUCUUAGCUGUGUUCAUGUUAGUGGGUGGAACGCUUCAAGGAAGGUUUUAUUAACUGUCGCAGCCUUCAGAUUGCUCGCUAAAAUGGAUCAAACACAAUAAAGAUACGCAUGAAGUAUUUUGAGUGGUUUAUUCUUGACAUUGAUCUGAAGUUAGCUAUUGGAAUACGUUAGUGUGUUAUAGUACAUUUUAGGUAUUUGAAGGUGUACCCUGUGAUGUAUGGAGGGGUGUUUUGCAUAGAUUUUAAUUAAAACAGGAAGGUUGGACGAUUGUCUGGAUGUACCAUAAGUCUCUCUGAAAUAGAUCGCAAUAUUUUUUAACUUUAUAAUCUAAAGGUAGUAAAACCUCAUUCAUUUUUAUAUCAAAAUUUGCCUGUGCAAUAUAAAAUGUAUGAUUUCCAUUUUAAUGCUUCUAAAUUAAAUACAUAAUAUUAAAACUUUGACAGAAUAAGGAUGAUGGGUAAGGGGGACCAUUAUUGAUUUAUGUUCUUGUUUAUGAAUGAAAGGAUGUGUACAGAGGCAUUCAGUCAUGCUAAUCCUUAUUCUGGUGGUGGCAUUAAUUAACAUGAUAGUAAAUUUGUAAUAAAUAGAGAACAAAUUUAAUUCUGUCAUAUUACGAAGUUUCCAAUCAUUGUUUUAAUUUAAUAAUUUAAUAGAAAUUAUUCUUGUCUUGCCAGAAUAUGGACAAUAAUAAGAGAUGUGUUGGAACGCCACAACUAAAAUGCAAUAGGACAUGUACGGAAGUAUAAUUGUUACUUAGAAAAGUUAGAUAAAUAGAAAUACACGUUAUAAAAUAUAAAUAUCAUCUUGUUUUUGAUGAAACAUAUUCUUGGCAUUUUUAUGGUGAAAAAUAUUGAAGGUAAUUACUUUUUAUGCCAUUAAAUAUUUAUUAGUCGUUUUUGAUUAUUGUAAUAUUUUUUAUGAAGAAAAAUUUCAAUUAUGUAUAGUAUGUGUAAACCUGACUGGUUGUAGCAUUCCCACACAUUCGGUCACUGCAAUAUUUUAAAUUACACAUUAUUAAAGUUUAAAUAUGCUCCAUAUUGCUACUAAAUGUGAUUAUCAAAGAUGGCCAAAUACACACAGUAAAAGAUUUUUAAUGCAUCAUAUUAUUUAAAGACUACUGGCAAUGACAUUUUAAUAAGUCUCGUCUCUUUUUAUUAUUUACAUAUAAAAGUAAAGAUAAAAACAUGACAUUCAAUUGAAUACUGCAUAAUGAAUAAGGAUAUAUUUGAAUCUACAAAUAUAAUCGUCAUAUACUGUUGUGUGUAUUGAUAUUUGGUCACUAAGAUAAUUGUGCGAUUUUGGCAAUCUGAUGUGUAACAUAGCUAUGAGAGCAUAUUUAACUUAUACUGAUAUCUAUAUAUCUAUUCCUAACACUGGCGCACGGCUAGGAGACUAUUUGUUUUUUUAUAGCUAUCAAUGGUUAUAUGAGUAUUUAUUUAGCCUACGGCGCGCUCAGGCGGUUUAGUUGUGAUAUUGCCUAAUCUUAAAUUUUUGUAUACGUUUAUUUUUAAAGAGUCAUUUAUGUGACUUUAAUCUUAGAUGCAGACUUUUUAUAAUUAUAUUUUAGUGUAAACAAUAUACCAGUGUGAUGUGGUAAAUGCAUUUUGAUUAGUUUGAAUUUGUAAUUAUAAAUUAGACUAUCAAUUGACUUGUGGAAAUGAUUUCCGCAAUGUUUUACAGUUGGAAUAAAUUAAUAAUCAGUGUUGGACAUUUUUUUAUUGACAUAAUUCACAAUUUUCACAAAUUUAUAAGAUAUAUAAUUAUUUAUAAUGUUUUUUUACAUUUAAUAAAUGAACAGUAUUUCGCUUAGUUUUAAGAUUAUAUGUUAUUCAUUACGUCGCACAUUGGUUUAGAAAGUUUAUUUAUGUGUUUUUUAUUUUUAUAUUAGCAAUGAUCGCUACAUGGAUAUUGUGAGGUGGCUACACAGUGUCAACAAGUGAUGACAGUGUAAUUGUUUCAUUAUUUAUGUAAUAUAUAAUUGUAACUGUAGAGAACUUCCUAUUAUUUUGUAGUACAAUCAAAGUAUAAUAAAUAAUUCAGAAAUGUG